AUUUUAAACAGUUGUAACGAUAGGAUUUAUAAGAGGUUAUGAGAGUUGUGGAAUGACCGAGCAACAAUUGGAUGAUUGUAUGUACGAUACCAUGUUCUUAGGCAAUCCCGAGUCCAUCGUUCCCACAAAUGAUGCUCAGAUGACACAACAUUGCAGUAAAAUGAUGACCGGGAUCAAAUGCGUGAAAGACUACUCGGACACGUGUCUAACUGGUUUCGCUAAACAGAUGACAGGUAUGGUUAGCGAUAGUCUGAGCAAACAUUUGGACACACAAUGCAAUCAACCGAAAGAAAGGGCGGAAUUCAUCGAAAACAUGAAAUGCUUUGAGCCGAAGGAGAAGAUGACACCAUUGCAUGUCUGCACCGAUAAACACACGAAGGCUAUGGAAUUGGUCUCAUUGAUGAACAAAGGGGAUCCACACAUGCAGUUCAUGUGCUGCGCGUAUCAACUGUUCCGCCGGUGUAUCACUAAAGAGGUGACACAGAUCUGCAGCGUUGGACACUCGCAGUUCUGGGACGAGAUGUUUGAUGAAGUGGCGUCGGAAGCGGUGACGAUGGCCUGCAGUGACUUGAAUUCGGUGGACAAGUGUUCCGCCAAACUGGACGCCGCGCACUGGACUCAACUCAAGACACUGGACGAGGCAACUGAUCCCAGUGUGUGGCACCAUGGUGCGCGUACUCCCAUUAAAUUCAUGCUGGAGAUGAUUAAAAAGUUUAAUUAA